UUGGUACGUUCUUUUCAAUUGCGCUGCGAGCGUACAUUGAGGCACUAGAAGAACGGGAAACCUGAUCCGUAUAACAUGAAGUGGACCAAUUUCGGUGGUAAUUGAUCGGAUUAUUCUACUUUAAGAAAAGGAAACACCACACUACGGCAUAAUUUCAUUUUUUUUCCCCUUCGAAGAGGAGGAUGGUGGCCGGGUAGUCACAACUUCGGACACGCUGCUGUUCCUUGGCACGCGCACUGAUCCAGUUGGUGAGGCAGCAGUAGCAGGGUUCUGAUCCUGAGGAGAUGACGGAGGUGGUAGAGCCCAAGCUGGACUUUGCAUCCUCGGGUCGCUCGGGGAGAAGGAAUGCCCUACCUGACAUCCUGGGUUCACCGGCUGGGGUCAACCCCACUGACCUGCAACUCAAAUUGUCCGAGCUCCACCUCACAGAUGGUCUGGGAGAAGCCCAGUCUCCCACGGCAGAGGAGGCCCCACUCCCUACAGAGAGCUCUGAGAGGAAUGAGGGAUCAUAAGGCUGUCUGGGGGGAGGCCCCUAACUAGCCCCGAUGUUUACCUCCGGUGAAGCUGAUGAGAACUGGAGAAGAGGGAUGGAUGGAUGGGUAGAACAAUACAGAAGGACUGAUGAAGGAGAGUGAUGGGCCUGUUUUGAACAGCAGCUGAGCUGCAGAGAGAAGGAUGAUGAUUGAGACCAUUCCCUGUCCAUCUUAUCACCCAAUCUGAAAAGACUCUUAAGAAAAGUGUUGGUGUGUGUGGGUGGAAAGAUCACCUCUACUCUAACACACUGCCAUGAGAAACAAUGGAUGUAUGCUGAUUAUAUACUGUUGUACACUACACAUUUUUAUGAUUCGAUCAAGACUCAAAACAUUCAGCAACGGAGAAGUCACAAGUGAAAAAAUAAAAAAUGUACAAUAUCC